UCCGCCCGCCCUGUUCUACGGCGCGGCGCUGCCGGAAGCGCGGCUCGGUGGCUGCCGUGUGAGGGAGGCGGCAUUCGGCGGGGCCGAGGCGGCACUGCCCGGGCCGGCGGGGAGCAGGUGGAUGCCCCAUACAUGGUGUCAUCACUCCGCAACGAAGCUAACCUGAAAUCCCAACUCUUAACACCGUUUAUGGUAGCAAACCCAAGUUGUUCUUAACGACCAGUCCCUCUGGCUUUCUCUGCUGAGCUCCUCUCCGCCUCAAGAAAAUGCUCUGAAGGCAAACUGGACAACACCUGCUGGAACUAAAUCUGCCCAAAAAAACAUCUUCCUUCACCCUGAGGCCUGUUUGUCAUAAAGAGGGAACCUCUACAACGGUCAAACUCUGCAAGUGAUGGGCUCAGAGAACAGUGCUUUAAAGAGCUACACACUGGAAGAGCCGCCAUUCACACUGCCAACGGGACACACAAUUUAUCCAGCUGUGCUGCAAGAUGGCAAACUUGCUUCGGUUUUUGUGUAUAAGAGAGAGAAUGAAGAUAAGGUUAAUAAAGCUGCCAAGCACCUGAAAACCUUGCGCCACCCUUGCCUUCUGCGCUUCCUAUCUUGUACUGUGGAAGCAAAUGGGAUCCACCUGGUUACAGAACGUGUGAAGCCUUUGGAGAUGGUCCUGCAGACACUCUCUUCUGCAGAAAUCUGUGCAGGGAUCUACGAUGUGUUGCUGGCGCUCAUCUUCCUCCAUGACCGGGGAAACCUAACACAUAACAAUGUCUGUUUAUCAUCUGUGUUUGUAAGUGAGGAUGGGCACUGGAAGCUGGGAGGAAUGGAAACAGUCUGUAACUUCAGUGAAGCCACCCCAGAGUUCCUCUGCCAUGUCAAGUCGGUACGAGACCAGUCAUGCAUCCCUUGCGAGGAGAUGUCUGCAGAUUUCAAAAUUCUGCCCAGCAGCUAUGGGCAUGCGAGGGAUGCCUUCGCUUUUGGAACAACAGUUGAGAACCUCCUCGCAGUCCUCAGUGAUCAGGUUUCAGCAGAUAUUCUCUCCAGCUUUCAGCAAACCUUGCACUGUACACUGCUGAAUCCAGAUCCAAAGUGUCGUCCACCACUGUCCAGCUUACUGUCUCAUGAUUUUUUCAGGAAUGAUUUUCUGGAAGUUGUGAAUUUUCUGAAGACCUUAACACUAAAAUCUGAGGAGGAAAAAACGGAGUUUUUCAAAUUCCUGCUGGACAGGGUGGCUGGGCUGUCAGAGGAGCUGAUAGCAUCACGGCUAGUGCCUCUUCUACUCAAUCAGCUCGUGUUUGCAGAACCUGUAGCUGUCAAGAGUUUUCUUCCUCAUCUGCUGGGUCCAAAGAAAGAGCAAAUUGGAGAAAGCCAGACCAGCUGCCUCCUCUCUCCAGCCUUGUUCCAGACACAUGUUAUUCCUGUGCUGCUGAAGCUGUUUGAGGUCCAUGAGGAGCAUGUUCGAAUGGUGUUGCUGUCUCACAUUCAUGCCUAUGCAGAACUGUUCUCUCGGGAGGAGCUGAAAAACAUCAUAUUGCCACAGGUAUUGCUGGGCCUUCGAGAUACCAGUGACUCCAUUGUUGCGAUAACACUGCACAGCUUAGCAGUUCUUGUCUCCCUGCUUGGGCCUGAAGUAGUUGUGGGUGGAGAAAGAACCAAGAUUUUCAAAAGCUCUGUACCAAGCUUCAUGAAAACUGCGGAUCUCUCCCCAGAAGACUCGCCCAGUCAUGUUGUAAGCAAUCAGAGAAAUCAGACCUCACGGCCUUUGAAGAACAAUUCUGGUGUGUUCCCCAUCUCUGGAAAUGUACCUGUCAAGAAGCUUUCUGUGCAACAAGACAAUCCACUGGCUUUAAAGACAGGUGAACAAGACAUUCAGUCCCCCCUGAAUGGAAUUCCUGGAAGCAUUAAUACCCUGCAGAGCAGCAGGAGCUCUCUCACUACCUCUGAAAAGCCAGCAGAGGAGUGGCCGGACUGGAGUGAGCCAGAGGAGGCAGACACCGAGAAAACUGUGAACAUUCAAAUUCAGCCUCGAGAGCCACAGGGCAGUGUGGGACCUUAUUUUGCUGAACAUGAUGUAGAUGAGAAGCCUUGGGAUGACUUUGAGCCCAGCAGCCCUAGUCCUGAACUGUCCUUAGGAAAUUGCCUUGCUGUGACCCAAGGCGAUGCAGUUGAAAUGCAAAGGUCUCUGCACCAUGCCCCUCAGCUGAGCAAAGAAUUCAAAAGCCUCAGACUGAGUCCCCCCCCAAAGUCCUGCCCCAGGAACAGCUGGAGCAAGGACAAGUGGGACCAGCAGGAGCAACUGGGAGAAACUGUGCUGCCAAAAAUGACCUUUCGAGAAAGGUUGAAGUCUUCAUCAGAGCCUGGCCUAGGAGAAGAAUUCACAAUCAAAGUGAAGAGGAAACCCAUGCACGACCCAGAGCUGGACUGGUUUGCUGACAUGAUCCCAGACAUUAAACCGUCUUCAGCUGCCUUGAUUUUACCUGAAGCGAGAACAGAAGUGGUUGUUUCCAGUCACUCUGAUGCAGUAUCCAGCAGAGAAGGUGCCUCCCAGAAUGUGCUGUUUUCAUCCAAAUUUGCAGCAGCUGAUGUCAUUGAGGCUGAAGCUGCAGGCUGGGGUGAAGAGGAGGAGUUGAACUGGGAAGAUGAUACUAACUGGUAAUGGGACUGAAAGAAAGGCAAUUUAUGGUGUGCUGGAUUCUGUAAGAGAAGUCAUGGCUUCCCCACUACAACGGAUAAGUACCUCAGCACUGUGUUUGCCAGAAGGCAGACGCUUGCAGCAGCAGCCAGCAAGAUCCCAUGGGGCCUGAUCUCUUGCCAUGGAUAUUCCUCUCCAGUCUGUGCCAAAAACUGCAGGGGUGAGGCUUACAUUCAAGCAACGUGCCCAGCUGUGGUGCAUGCCGCUGCUACCAGAGAGGAAUGGUGUGAUGGGUGUGUUGGUGCCGACAUGCUAUUGGAGGCCAAGAGUGGUGUAAGCAAUUGUUCCAGAACUCAUCCCUGCUCUGAAAAACUGAUGACAAUAAAUUAAAGUCACACUGA